GGAAAAAGAAACUGUCACGGAUCGGGAGCUCUUUCAGAGCUCUUCGAAAACCCGAUCCACCCUUUACAAAUUCAUAUGGUUCCUCCAUUUGUUGACGAAAACAGCCCGACGUUCCACCUGCAAAUUCAUGAUGAAGAAGUUUACAGAUGCAGAGAAAUUUGUGGGAAGCCGGCGACAGUGUUCGACUUACUUCAAGUGAGUGUCAAGCCGCUUGGUUACCAGUUCAAGGAGCCUGCUCGAGAUCGUAUUGGGCGCGCAAUCGCGGAAACCAUUCGGCGAUUUCGGCGAAAGAUCCAAGCCACGGCGGACGGAAAAAGGAGGAAAAAAUUAGAACUGAGACUUGGAUUAAACUGUCUAUUAAACCAGAGGAGAUCAAUUUCAAUCAAUCAAUCAUCUUUUUAUGCCCCCUGUUUUCAGGGAGCGAGCUUAAGUAUUUCAAGUAAGCUAUAUUGCAAAAACUGAACUUACUUACCCGCCAUUUUGGUUAAAUUGCUUUCGGGGGUCAAUGUAAGAGCUAACAUCUUUCGAAUGGAGAAGCAAAACAUUACAAUCAGCGACGAGUGUUCUGGCUUCCGAGCUCAAUUUUACUCUCCUCGCAGCGAGUUUAUUUACGACAUAA